AUGAACUCUAGCCGCCUUGUCCUCCUCAGGCCCUCAGCUCUUUCUACCUGUGAUAGCUGGGCCAAUGUCCUAAAAGUGCAAACCAACGACUAUUUCAAACACAUUUCUGAGAUCCUCCAGAGAGCCUCUGAUAACCUCGAGGUGCUCUUUGCGGUUAAUGUGAAAGAAGUCGACUCCACCGGGCAGACCUAUGCCCUCAUCAGCAAGCUGGAUCUCCCCAACAACGGGAGGGUGAGUCAUGGCAGGGGGCUGCCCAAGACCGGUCUCCUGAUGUUACUCCUGGGCAUGAUCAUAAUGAAAGGCAACAGUGCCACUGAGAAAGAGAUCUGGAAAUUUCUGAAUAUGAUGCGUAUAUAUGCGGGAAAGAAGCACUUCAUCUUUGGGGAGCCCAGGAAGCUCAUCACCGAUUUGGUGAAGCUGAAGUACCUGGAGUACCGGCAGGCACCCAACAGCUAUCCUCCAGCCUAUGAAUUCCUGUGGGGUUCCAGAGCCAAGCAGGAAACCAGCAAGAUGAAAGUUCUGGAAUUUUUAGCCAAGGUCAACGAUACAGUCCCCAGUGCUUUCUCAUCCCAAUAUGAAGAGGCCGUGAGAGAAGAGGAAGAGCGAGCCCAAGCCAGAAUUGCAGACUCGGCUGGCACUACUAUUUGCUCAGGCGGUGCACCAGGUCCAUGUCCUGCAACUCCCCCGAAGCCCAGUGAGGCCUAA